GUACCGCGUGAACUUCAGGCCCAGGUACGUGACCAGGUACAAGACAGUGACCCAGCUGGAGUGGAGAUGCUGCCCCGGGUUCCGUGGCCCGGACUGCCAGGAGGGCCCCCGGGACGCUGCCAAGGGCCCGCGCCCCUUACCCUCGAGGCCGCGCAGCAGUGUGAAGAAGGCCACAGAUAACGACGAACCCAGCCAGGUCUCCCAGCCCAAGGCCCCUCUGCCCCCAACUGGAGCUGCGGACCCACGGCAGCGCGCAGAGCCGGAGCAGGGCCCGCAGCAGCUGCAGGAGCAGAAGAUCCAGGUCCUGGAGGAGAGCGUCCUGCGCCUCACCAGGACGGUGCUGGACCUGCAGGCCUCCUUGGCGGGCGUCAGCGAGCACCUCAAGCGCUCCGUGCAGGACGACGCCGGCAAGGCGCUCGGCAGCAGGCUCGGGGGCCCGCACCUGCUGCCUGCGCCGGGACACGCGGGCCCCGGGGACACGCAGGCGGCCCCGCCCCCCGGCCCGCACGGCAAGGAGUCCGGCAUGAAGGACAUCAAGUCGGAGCUGGCCGAGGUCAAGGACACCCUGAGGACCAAGAGCGACAAGCUGGAGGAGCUGGACGGGAAGGUGAAGGGCUACGAGGGGCAGCUGCGCCAGCUGCAGGAGGCGGCCCAGGGCCCCACGGCCACCAUGAGCGCCCCCGAGCUGCUGCAGGCCUACGUGGACAGCAGGCUGGCGGCGCUGCGCGAGGAGCUGCUGGAGGGCGUGGACCGGAAGCUGGGCGACCUCAAGGACACCUGCGAGUACAAGCUGGUGGGGCUGCAGCAGCAGUGCGACGACUACGGCAGCAGCUACCUGGGCGUCCUGGAGCUCCUCUCGGAGAAGGAGGCCAGCCUGAGGAAGGACCUCAGCGAGCUCCGCGCCCGGCUGCAGGACCCCGCGGCCCGGCCGGGCUGCUGCGACGGGGCAAGGAGCGGCGACUGGGGCCCGCAGAUCCAGACGCUGGACCAGAAGAUCGAGCGCGUGGCCGAGGCCACCAGGAUGCUGAACGGGCGGCUGGACAACGAGUUGGACCGCCUGGCGGCCCCCGAGGUGGGCGUGGACUUCGACGCCAGGUGGGAGGAGCUGGACGCCAGGAUCAACGUGACGGAGAAGAACGCGGAGGAGCACUGCGUCUACGUCGAGGAGACCCUGCGCGGGGCCAUCGACGGCGAGGUCGGGGGCUUGCGGCAGCUCCUGGACCAGAAAAUCCACUCCCUGGAGGACAGGCUGGACAGCGUCCUCCUGCAGGCGGCCAACGGCAGCGAGGGCUCGGCGCUGCCCGAGGCGCCCGGCUGGGACGGCGCCCGCGUCCUGGCGGAGCUGCAGCGCCUGAAGGAGCAGGUGCAGGGGGUGCAGGACGUGUGCCUGCAGAGCGCGCAGGGAGGCGCUCUGCCCCCCGAGGACGGCUCGCGCCUCUGGAGAGCCCUGAACGACACGGUGCGCCGCAGGCUUCAGGACGCCGAGCGCAGCAUCCAGCAGCUGCAGGAGGCCCUGGGCGCGCUGCACGCCCGCCUCAGCCGCACGGAGGACGGCGUGGCCCGGCUGCGGAAGGCGGUGGGUGGCCGCGGCAGGCGCAGGCGGCGGUGGCCGCGGUCGAGGCCCGGGUGUCCCUGCUGGAGCGGACGUGCGGCAGGCUGGACUCGGUGGCGGGCAGCCUGCAGAGCAUCAGGGAGGGGCUCGGCAGGCACGUGGCCGGGCUGUGGGCCUGCGUCCGGCAGAUGAACGGCACGCUCAGGGCGCACUCCAGAGACCUCUCCGGCCUGAGGAGCGCCGUGCAGCAGUUCUACAGCCACGUCUUCCAGGUCUCCUCUGACCUGCAGGACCUGGUCACGUUUCCGCCACCAGCAGCUGAGGAGCCCUCUGCAGCGCCCCCCAUCUCCGAGGCCCCCCCGGUGCCAGCUGCCGCCUCUACUGCGUUGCCCCAGCCUGAGCCGAGCCCUGCGCCACCCGAGGACGCCGCAAGCGAGCGGGCCCCGGACCAGCGGCCGGUGCUCCCCAAGCGGCCCCCGCCGCCCCCUGCUCUUCACCCCAGCUGGAUGGGGCCUCGCCCGCUGCCGGGCGCCACAGGGGUCGUGAUGGAGACGGGCGAGGCCGGGCCCCCGGGCGGGAAGGGCGUGUCGGGCAAGGGCCUCCCGCGGGGCGUGGACGGGCAGAGCGGGCUCCGGCCCGAGCCCAGCGCCGAGGGCUACGCGGGCGCCCCAGGGUACCCCCACACGCCGCCCGCAGCUGCCCCAGGGCUCCUGGUGCCUGGCCUGGUGUCAUUCUCAGCCGGACUCACCCAGAAGCCGUUCCCCAGCGACGGGGGUGUCGUCCUGUUUAACAAGGUGCUGGUGAACGACGGGGACGUCUACAACCCCGACACCGGUGUCUUCACGGCCCCGUACGACGGGCGCUACCUGAUCACGGCCACGCUCACCCCCGAGCGCGACGCCUACGUGGAGGCCGUCCUGUCGGUGGCCAACGCCAGCGUGGCGCAGCUGCACACGGCCGGGUACCGGCGGGAGCUCCUGGAGUUCCACCGCCCGCCCGGGGCCGCGCACACCUGCGGGGGGCCCGGCGCCUUCCACCUGGUCGUGCACCUCAAGGCGGGCGACGGUGUCAACGUGGUGGUGACGGGUGGCCGGCUGGCACACACGGACUUCGACGAGAUGUAUUCCACCUUCAGCGGGGUUUUCCUGUACCCCUUCCUCGGCCACCUCUAGAUGCCGGUGCCCAGGACUCCGACCUUCGUAUAUUCGGGCAGUGUACGGCUGGAGCGCGGGUUGAGGGCCUGCCUCCCCCGUGCCGCGGCCCCAGGGGGGUGGGCAGCCCUGUGGCCGCUCCUGGGGUCACUGGACUGGAUGACAGGAAGGCCAGGGGAGCCCCCUCGCCUCCUUCUUCCUCCCUGGCCUCGCCCCUGCCUCCGCCUCCACCCCCGGCUCCCUGCCGGACAUCCUGGCCCCUGUGAUGGGGCGGGCGGCGGCUGCAGGACACCAUGCCCGGCCCUCCCGACAGCGACAUUGCAGGAGGAAAGUCCAAACACUGAAGACCCCGGCCCCAGUACCCGAGUGUCCAGUGUGGGCUCCUCAGGUGGGGCGUGGGUCCUGCGAGGGCAGCAGAGACUGGAUGGUUGAGCUUGUUGGGCUCCGGGAUGAGUGCGAUCCCAGCACGGAGCCUGGGAGUGUCAAUAAAGACAUAAACCACUUCC